CACCCUUCUCCUCCAUCUCGCUCUUUCUUCUCUCUCUCUCCUCUCUCUCUCUCCUCUCUCCGAUCCAUCGCACUCGUCGCCUGCUGCGCUCAACUCCGACACAAGUCGCCAUACAUUCAUCGCCAAGAUUCUUGGCUUCUAUUCCAGCAUCCUCGUCUCAUCCCAUCCAGAUCACCAUCCCCGCCCAAGUGUCAUCCCCGGCCUAGCCCCCGUCGCUUCGCCGCUGCCAAGCCCACACUUUCGACACCCCGCUCUAUCUCUGGAUCUCGGACACUACCCAAGAACCGACGGUAGACGAUAAGACAAUGGGCCGCAAGAAGAUUGAGAUCAAGCCGCUCACGGACGAGCGCAACCGCAAUGUCACCUUCCUCAAGCGAAAGGCCGGUCUCAUGAAGAAGGCGUACGAGCUAUCCGUUCUUUGCGGCGUUUCAGUCUCGAUCCUCAUAUUCGGCGCGAAUGGCAAGCCUUACGAAUUCUGCAGCGCCGACUUUGACACCGAGGUUGACAGGUACUACGACUAUGAAGGGACUAUUGAGCGUCGCCGCGCCGCCGAGUUCGAAGCCAUGGCCCUCGCUGGCGAGGACGGCAGCGACGACGAGGACGCGCCAGGCAAGAAACCCACUGUCGGCAAGAGCCUGAAGGGCAAGGAAAGCUACAAGGCACGCCGCCGUGCGCCGGACCGUGAGCGUGAGCGCCGCCGCCGCAGUUAUCGCGAGACGGAAGGAAGCUUUGUCGGCUCGCUCGUCGAGGAGGCGCCCGAGCGCCCAGAGUCGCCCACUACUGCGUCGCUAAGCUAUGCCAUGGGCCUGCACCAGGCGCCGCCGCCCCAGCCCACCGCGCCCGCAUGGCAGCAGUACCGCCCGCAGCCCUUCAUGCCGAUGAAUGGGCCCGCGUUCAUGCCCAGCCCAUCGAUCAACGGCGGCAACGGCGGCUGGGACAGCUCGAUGCUGACCACCUACGCGUGGCUGCAGAUUCAGCAGGCACAUCAGGAGCAGAAGCGGGUGCUGCUUGAGAAACAGCAGCAUCAGCUGUUUGAACUCACGAGCCGAAGCGGCGGGCACGCUUUCGUUCGAGACAUGCUCGGUGCAGGUGUCGGUGGGGGCGGUAGCAGCGGGACGGGCAGCAGUUCGUCCAACUCGCAGGAGUUUGUAUGGCCUACUACCACGGACGCAGGGAACGGAACGUACGGCGUAUCGACGCCGCCUGACGAGGACCUCAUUUGGGCGUUGAGCGGUGGAAUGGGCGGCGCAGGGCCGAGCACGGCGCCCCCUGUAGGACCAGGACCGAGCGUCCCGUCUGUGCCGAGCAACAUGCCCUCGUGGCGUGUCGACCCGCCACGGUCUGACGACCGAGCAGCGAAGCGCAUGCGACCAUCUCCCCCCCCCCCCC